UGCGCCGCCUGGCGGAAACCGCCCCCACUCCUCCUCGAUCACUUUCGCGUCCCUGCCUGCUGCGCGCCCCGCUCGGUAAGUUUCGAUUCUCUGCGGCGAAGCGAUGCUGCGACGGGGCGCCCUCGCUCUGCUGGUGCCGCUCAGACGCCGCUCCGCCAUGGCGACGCCUCCCGAUCGCCGCUUCGUGGUGGAACUCGCGGGCUCGGAGCUGGUCCAUUUCUCCCUGAGCGACGACGACAACAACCACCGUGCGCCUCCCCGGUGCUUCCUGCCCCGUCCGGGGAGAUGCUACUCCUUCUGCCUCCCGGCGGCGGGGAGCCCCCGGGAGCGGGUCCGGGCUGCCCGGCUGCACCGGCUUCUGCAGCGGAGGCUAAGCCAGGAGCAGCCCUUCGGGGUCGGGAGCGCAGCGCUGGCGCUCCUCUCCUACAGCCCCAGCCGCGAGGCUGCGCUGGAGAGAGGCUUCCUGGUGCAGGACGAGCGGCGGGCGCCCGAGAUCGAGCGCUCCCUCGAAGAGCUGCUUCGCCACCUGCUGCCGGCGCCGGUCCACCUUGCGGUAUACGAGGUGGCGGAAGGCGGCGAGGUGCGCUGCGCACUGUGGCGCCUUGACGGGGCGGCGCAGGGCAGGCAGCUGGUGCGCAGGGCGCGCGUGGUCGCCGAGGAGGAGCCGGCGCUGCAUCCUGCCGGCGCGCACCUCCUGGAGGACGCCGUGUUCCGCUCUCGGGGAGCUGCCCGGAGGAUCCUGGAGGAGUGCACUUCUCUCAUUCCUGAGGCCAAAGCAGUCCUUGAUCUGGUGGAUCAGUGCCCUCAGCAUCCAAAGAAGGGCGAUUUCCCGGUGAUAGUUAUCGAGGGUCUGGAUGCAACAGGCAAAACAACAUUGACUCAAGCUGUGAAGGAUUCGCUGAAUGCUGUUCUCUUGAGGUCUCCUCCGCCUAGCGUCAGCCAGUGGAGAAAGAUAUUUGAUGAUGAACCAACGCUCAUACGGAGGGCAUUUUAUGCUCUGACCAAUUACAUCCUUGCUUCCGAAAUAGCGAAAGCAUCCUCUAAGUUACCAGUGAUCGUAGACAGGUAUUGGCACAGCACUGCCGCGUAUGCAGUUGCCACCGAAAUAAGUGGGAAAGUGCAGAAUCUCCCUCCUCUGCAUCACGAAGUAUACCACUGGCCCGAAGACCUCCUAAAACCAGAUGUUGUUCUACUGCUAACUGUUAGUCCUGAGGAAAGAAUCCGGAGACUGAAGGGACGAGGGAUGGAGAAAACAGAGGAGGAGACUGAGCUAGAAGCUAAUACUUGUUUCCGUCAAAAAGUUGAAGAAUCUUACAGAAGGAUGGAGAAUCCGACGUGUCAACCAGUUGACGCCAGUCCCUCUAGAGAAGAGGUUCUCAAAGCUGUUCUGCACCUAGUUAAAAACCAGUGUCAUUUACCAUAAUUGGUUGUGAAUGUAGUAGUGCCAGGCUGCUUUGGCAUAAAAGGGGUUGCCCCCAAACUUCCCAGCAGAUAAGUCUUGAGUAGGAGUGUUAACAACUUCAUUUUCUCAAAGAGUGAGAAGCAUAUUGGAUUAUAUGGGACGGAUGCCACAUUGUCGUGGGUUAGCCAAAAAUCCUAUCAAUUAUAGUUUGCUGAUGAGCACCAAGGAUUUGUAACAGAAAUCUCAGUACAACCAGAGGCAAAUCAGGGGUAUCUGUUUUUUGGGGAGGGAUUUGUUGUCCCUCUCAUUUUCACCUGUAUUUUAAAUUGGUUUUUCUUUUCUUUUCUUUCCCCCUAUUA